AUGCCAAGAAAAAAUAAGAGAUAAAAUACAAAAAAUAAAUAAGAUCAAAAUACAGAUCAAACCGAAUAAGAAGAUCAAAUACAAUCAGCACAAGACAUAGAUAAAAAAGUAGAGGAUUAGGAAAUUAAAAAUGAAUAAAAUUAAAACAUUGAAUAAGCUCAAGAAUAAAUAUAGAAAGUCGAAAAUAAGGAAUAAGCACAAGAAUAAGUUUAAGUUUAAAAUUCUAUUACAUAAUAAUAACAAUAGGAUCAACAAAAAGAUAUUCAUAAUGCUCAUCAGGAAACAACAAAAGAUGAGGAAAAUGACCACAACUAGUUUGGAGAUGUGUAACAAUAAAAAUAAGAGGAUAGCAUCACAAAGACCCAAGAAGAGUCAAUUAAAACAUAAGAAGAAGUUCAAUAGCCUCAAGAGUAGGUCUCUUAAGAAGUUUCUUAAGGAGACAAAUCUACGACUUAAAUUUAAUAGACAGCUGAAAAGUAAUAACAACAAUAACAGGAAAAAGUAGAAAUUAUUAGUUCUGGAACUUCUAAUUUAUAAGUAGACAGUAUCAAAAAUCAAGAUCAUUAAUACGAAAACGAAACUCAAGGAUAAAAUAAAAAGGAACUAUAACAUUAAAUUGAAGAACUCAAAUUGCAAACUUAAUCUGCACCUGAUUCUACAAAUGAAAAUACAAUGAAACCCUCUUCAAAACCAAGUGUAUCAAGCCAAAAAAAAUAAAAAGAAGUUUAACAACACUAAUAGGAUCCAAUCUAGUAACCUCUCAAUGCUUAGACUUAAUAAUAGGAAGUUGUUUUGAAUGUAUAGGCUCCCAUUGUUGUGGAAAAAUAAAAUGACCAAGUACUUAUAGAAGGUGCUCCAAAAACCAAUUUAAAGAAAUAAAAUGAUGAAGUCAUUUUGGAGAGAGUCUAAGAAUAAAAAAUGGAUAAAUAAGUGGAACAAACCCAUAUUGAAAUCUAACCAAAAACACAUAUAGAAUAACACUAAUAAAUCGAAGUAGAGAAAUAACCAUAAAAUAGAUAAGAGGUAAUCAUACAGAAAUCAGAAAAUCAAAGCUAGGCUUAGACUGAAAUUUAAAAUCAUUAAAGUAAAAUUGUGACAGAGAAGAGUACAAAAAUGUAAACAGAAAAGCCAAAUGAAAGUGUGUACAUAUAAGAAGCACCAGCUGUGUAAUUAGAAGUUCACUAAGAUGCUUCAAAACCAGAAAUCAAUUUGGAAUCAAGAAACUUAGAGAAUCAAGUGGAGAAGCGUCCUUAAGUUGAAAUUCCAAUUAACGCAUAAACUACAACUCUUCUUGAACACUCUGUAGUUAAUCUAGAGGUCAAUCAAUUCAUCGAAUAAGUUCAACCCCGUCCACACUCUUUUGAACAUAAAUCAUAAGCAAUUAUUGAAUAAUAGAAAUAGACUCAAAUUUCUGUCAAAGCUCCUUAAACAGAAAUUUAGGUUAACGAUACUAAAGCUAGUUCUGAACCUUAAUAAAUAGUAAAGGUGGAAGCAAAGUAACAAUAAACACAAUUAGUUCAAGAAGAAGAGAAGGUUCAUGUUAUAUAAUAAGCUCAAACUCUUAUAGAAAAUCAACCAUCUCAUGAAAUAGUUAAUGUUGAGAAAAGAGAAGUCAUUGAACAAAAGCCAUAAUUAUAAGUUUAAGUAAGUCAUGAUGCUGCUGUUAAAGUAGAAGUAUAGCAAGUGGAUUAAGAGAAUAAGUCAUUCAAUUAAAAAUAAGAAUUAGUUCCUUAAUUUGUUGAAAGUCAAACUUAAUAAGUUCAAAAUUAAGAACCUUUGUUACCAUAAACUAAUAUCGAAUAAUAAUCGUCAAUUAGAUCUCACAAAAGUGAUACUAAUACACCUUUUUCGUAAAUACUUUAAUAAGUGCCCCAAGAAAUUGGUAUAUUAGGUGUUUCUGUUGCUGUUGCUACUGGUGCUUCUUCAUUCAUUGUGAAGAGUGGAAUCAAGUCGAAAGUAGGAAUAAUAUCAGCUUUUUCUGGCUCAUUUAUCUUGUAUUUAGGAUAUAAGUUAUUCAAAUCAAAGAGUUAAUAAAAUUAAAAGCAAGAUUGA